GGAUUUUCUUGAACCUUUUUAGCUUUCUCGGUCGGCAUGGCUCGUUGGCACAAGUUAGAUUGCACGACACCGGACGUCGUAGUGGACGAUGCCACAGGGAUUCCGUCAUGCAAAGCAUGCGGCAGUGCUCCGGACCUUGACGAGGUUAUCCGCCAAUAAUCAUACAAGAGCUCCGUCCCCGCGCCGCCCCCCGAUGAGCCUCUUGGUCAGAUGAACCUCUGGUGGCCGCGGUCAGUGCCGUACUUCAACAACAACAACACCAAAACGCCUUCCGAGUCCGACCCUCAACCUGACUUCUCGUUGUCCACAGUCACAGGUCCAGCUCCCAACCGGCCCUUUGAGCCAUCUCCUGUCUACCCGACCCAGCUAAACCCCGACGAGAUCCGCCUCGCAUGUUUCCAAACCACCACAGGAUACCCGCCGUCCCCUGGCAGGCCGGUACACCUCACGCUGGAGACAUACUUGAUCUCCAACUGCCCGCCAUACGAGACAGUUUCCUACUGCUGGGCCGGCGAGGACGGCAAUGACGCCCGCACCCGGCCCGUCUAUAUCGGGCCCUACUGGGAUGUAAUGGUACAUACCCAGAAUUGCUGGGACCUGCUACGGUUUGUGAGACCGGCCAGAGGGUUGCGGCUGGUUUGGGUCGAUGCUGUUUGUAUCAAUCAGGGGUGUGACGAGGAGAGAGCUGCACAGGUAGCUCAGAUGGGAAGAAUCUACACCAUCUGCAUGCAGGUUCUCGUCUACCUCGGUCCCGAGGUCGCGCCGCUGCUGCCGACAGGGCAAUAUCCCCGCCGCGCCAGGCUGCAAGACCUGAGACUGAUGAGAGCAGGCAGGUGGAGCGGCGUGACGGAUGUUCCAGUUCCCGGAGGAGUAAAGGAGUUGUUGCAGAGGCGAUACUUUAGUCGGCUCUGGGUGGUCCAGGAGCUCAUCCUCUCCCCUCGCGUGGUGAUACGCACCGGGGACGUGGACUUCCACUCAGACGGCGCGACCAGUGGUAAGCUUUGGAGCGGAGAGCUGGGCGACCCUGCUCACUGGGUCCAAUACACCUUCAAAGCGGCUCCGCUGGAGUUGGACCUCCACCAGGUGAUGCGCCUGACCUUCUCGGCCGGCUGCGCAGACCCGCGAGACCGCGUCUUCGGCGUCUUGGGCAUCAUAUCUGGAGACUCUCCGCACUUAGCGCCAGAUUACUCGCUUUCGGUGCAGCAUGUGUUUAUCGACCUUUAUUCACACCUUAUAGCCGCCAGAGGUAUGGGCCGCCUCCUCGUGCUUCAUCCCGGAGUAUCGGGUGAUUCGGGUCCCGCCUCGACGCCCUCGUGGGUUCCUGGAUGGGCAUCGUGGGAGAGAUGGCAAGCCGUCUUUGACCGCCCACCGGAACUGGGUGCCUCCGACCGGGAUGUCAUCUUUAAGACAUCCUCGGCUAUACAGCAAUAUGACCCGACUAUCGAUCGUGGAGCAGCCACCAUCACCUUCCUCAGGCUUCCGGUGCGCUACCGCUGGGCAAACCUCUCGCGCCGGGGGGCGCCGUUCGGGGUGGAUUCCGCAACAGGUACCCUUCGAGCUUCAAUGGUCCGCCUGGCGGUCCUGGACCAUGUUCCGAGACUUGUGAGUCAACUAAAGGAUGCUUCUCUCAUGCUUUUCGAGCUUCCGUGUGGGAAACACCACGUCUAUCUUGUCUCCAGGCAUCGGCUCGAUACUGUCGUGGAGCCCGGAAACGAUCGACUGUACCUCUUCGCUCUCAAUGAAAAGGAUCGAGCACCUGGAUUCUGCAUUCUUAGAAAGGAUGCAGGCUAUAAAUAUGGUGAUGCCGUCCGGGUUGUCGCCACCUGCGAAGUUGCAUUUUUUCGACUCCUAAACCCGCCUAAGCCGCCUACGCCGCCUUCUGAUAUGAACCAUUUGGGCAUGUCGGGCAAUGGGAUCCAUAUUCGCCGUCCCGAGGAGAUCGACGCGAUUCCGUUGCCCGAGCACAGACCUUGGCGAGAUAACCUUUUGGAUAAUGUCUGUGAGGAGCGGGAGGAUCCUCUGGAUAUGACAUAUCCACCUCUGAAACGAGCAGUGAUUGGAGAUCUCUACUGGACUGUGGACGAAGUCAUCGAAUCCGUUCAGUCUUGGCUUGACUCCGCGCUCGAUGCAAACGAACAGCUCCUCUUUCUCCCACGACUCAACACGAAGCGCAGAGAUUUCCUGCCCGUUUACACAGCUGUCAUGAUGUACAGAAACAGGGAUUCCUUCGAUGAAAGGAAUGGUGUCUGGGAUAUAUACCAACAGUAUGCGACAGACGUGUUGGGCGCGGAGCAUGGGUUUGAUAGCAGAUUGAUCUUCGUUCUGACAGCGCCGUUUGAGGCCUUCCACGACUUCUAUAAAGAUCAUCCCGACACGUUGCGAUGGCUGACAUGGGGACGGAUAGAGCAGGAUCCAGCUACUGUGCAGGUGGUGUUCAAUAAGGGGACCAUAAUGGGGAUAUUAGAGACAUCUAGCGCCGGAUGCCGCCACAUGCUCUCGAUGACAGCUGACAAGGUCGGAGAGUCUGUUUAUGAUGAACUGCUAUUCAGCACCUCCGCUUCCGCCGAUCGUCCGGAGAAGGUGCCAAAUGGAUGGAUCGGUCAGACCCUGAUAGAGGAGUGCGGAUGCGACGGAUCAGUCGAGCUUGUCAAUAUUCCUUAGCGUGGAGGUUUGUCUGAGUGUUUUCUAAUAGAAGGUCAGAAAGUCAAAGCUUCAAUUAGCACAGAAUCGGGGAGGAAGGACACCCUAUG